AUGUGCCUGCAACAUUUUAGCAAGUAUUUAUCUAUACACAGAUUUUCAAAACCUUUGUCGACUCGCGGAACCGCGAAGCACGAUGUAGAGUCCUACUUGGACCCCGAAGUCUUUGCUCCUGACCCGGCAGACCUCUACGACGAACCCAAUGAUGGCUACGUCAAUAAAAUACUUCUUAUGAGCCCUGAAGAAAUUUUCAUUAUGAAUAGCGAAGACGAACCAUUAUCGUCAUUAAAUCAACGACUACGUCCUAGAAGGCGAACAUGCAGUCCCACAAUUAAAAAUGUUAGGAAAAGUGAAGGCAAAUCCACUUUGGAUAGACCUAAGAGGACAAACACACCGUCUAAGGCUUUACCAAACAAAACAGAUGAUCUCGACAAGUCUGAUACUCUUUCUUCUCCGCAUUUUCUUUGUCCCUACUGCGAUAGAAAAUUUACGUCUAAACAAACUGUUUCCAAACAUGCACGGCGUAUGCACUUGUCGAGCUCAAAACAAGACUUUUUUAUUACCUGUCUUUUCUGUAGCCACACUGAGGCUGAGGCUAGUGACAUCCUUCGUCAUAUGGUCGAUAGUCAUCCAAAUCAAUACUUUACUUGUUUGGAUUGUCAAACGCGGUUUACAUCAGCCGCAGAACUCUCGGAACAUAAGUUGAACGUUUGUGAAAAACGAAAGCCUUAUCGGAGCAAAUUACGUCAGAAGAAUUUGCCAGCCUUGAAGAAAUCUGAAAGAGAUACCAAUGUUGAUAGACAAAGUGAUUUUCAAAGCGAUAAAGAAGUAAUUGAAACUCACGGGUUUAAUGGAAUUGUAAUUUCGUGUGAACUUAAACCAUCUCAGCAUGAUGAAGCGGAUAUUGAAGACAACAUCACUACAAAUUUAAUUUUACCACCCAGUAAAUCUAUAGGCAACAAUACAGUUAUUGAGAAAAAUGCAGUGAUUGUUUUAGAUGAUAUACAAUGGAAUAAACGAAUACCCCCAAAUUUUUCAUUCCAUAAUACAGACGCGGAUCAAAUUCUUUCGAGAUUAGGUGUUGUGCACAGAUCACCAAGGACAGGCGAAUCGACUAGGAAGGACUGGAUCAAAACUAGUGACGAUAUUACCCAAAAAUUCGAAAAAUGUUUUGAAACCAAUUUCUACUCCAAAGUCGCGAGUAACGUCGCCGAAAAUUUAGCAAAAUAUCUUGAUGGUUCGUUUAAUUUUAAUCCAGAUUCGGAAAAUACAAUUAAAACAAGAAAAUCUAAAAAUAGUGUUGUUAUCAAUACUGCGGAAGGUUUUCCGAUACUGUUAGCUUAUGAACAAUAUUCUCGUAACAUUUUUGAGAACUAUGUACCUAGAUCUAUUGCACCUAAACACAAAUGGAAGUGGGAUAGUCCGGAAAUAGACAAAAGCUUUAUUAAUGCAGAUCAAAUCAAGCGAGAUUCUCAUACCAAUAAAUGCAUUAUUACUUUGGUUUCAAGUUUAGAUAUAUGGACCCAAUUAAGUAUGCGCAAGAAAUAUGACAAACAAUUUAAUAUUUCACACGUAGAGAAGAAGACUGAAAAACAAAACAUUAUUGAUAAAGAAUUAAAAGAGAUCCUAGAAAGCCGAGAACUACCUACGCCGUCUACACAACUUACAAAAUAUACAAACGUACCAAGGGCUCCUGUUAGAGAAGCCAUUGAAUUUCCUAGUUUUCUGGGUUUAACACCAACUACACCCACUUACAAUUUAGAACCUGCAGUUCUUAGUGGAGAAUGGGUAAGACCCAGAUGUUAUGUAUGUUGCGCAUGCGGUGCACAAACUCGAGAUUCUAAAGCACUCUCAUCUCAUAUAUCAGUACAUCAUCCUAAUGCACAAGUACAGCAUUAUGAAAUAGUCGGAGAACCAUUACUAAAUGCUGACAUUUUAAAGCAUUUGUACGUACCGCCAAGCCAGGUGUCCAAUAGAACCCGCCCUUUGAGAGGUUUUAGAGACUGCACUAAAUGUAAAAAAUCAAUAACUUUGAAAGACUUACACCAACAUAUGCUGGAUUGUGCCGGUGACACGCCAGCAGUGCGCAGAAAAUGCCGAUAUAGGCCCUUUGGAGUACGUAGAAGACGACCACGUCUACCAGAUAAUGUUAUAAGAAGAAAAAUACGAAAGGAUUUAAGAAAUCGCCACAAACAAAAGAACCACUUGAGGCCUCGGCAGAAAAUACGGAGCGAAGUUGGUGAUGCCGAGACAAUCCGGAAAAUGAUUGCAGACCUGCCCGCAAAACGUCAUCGUGUAAUGAUUAAUCCCCUUAAUCCUUCGUUACGACCUCGUCGAAAACUAGACAAACAAAGAAAUAAACUUCUAAUCAAACAUCGUUCGUCAGAAGAUUCGAUUACUCGGAAACUUAGAUCCCUGAAAGAACUUAAUAGUUCUUCAAGUUCUUUGAACACGUCUACGAACAAAGAAGAAGUUAUCAAAAAUGUUCACAAGAAAGAUAAUGAGGAUGACAAACCGUCUAAAUCUAAUGAAGAUGAUAAGUUUCUUAGACCAAUCAGACGACCUGCUGAUAAAAAUACCCGCCAUCCUGAAACUCUUAAAAGAAAAGCUGUGCUUAAUCGCGCCAAACGAAAAAUUCAAAUGAAAAAUAUGAGUUCGGGAAAGCAACCAGUGAACUCAGGUAAAAAAUCUAUGAACUCUAGCAAGCAAUCCUCAAGUUCAGGGAAACAGGCUACGACCUUCAACAAUCAGUCGACGGGCUCUGGUAAUACGAGCACAAGGUCUGGCAAUCAGUCUACCAACUCAAGUAAACAGUCUGCGAGCUCGAGUAAUGCUCCAACGAGCUCAGGUAGCCAGUCCAAUACUUCUGAUAAUCAAAAUCAACAAACCGAUGGUGACUCAAAUGGUGACGGAAAUGAUUCGUCAAGUGACGACUUUCUCAAAAAUAAUACACCUAAAAAAAUUGAUGUGAAUAAUAGCCAGUUUAGUUCCAGACAGAAUUCUGGGCGUGGUGGUAAUUACAACCGGGGAAAUAAUAAUAACCGGGGUAAUCAUAGUAGAGAAAAUCAUAAUCGGUCUAACAAUCAUCGGGGAAACAACAACCGAGGAAACUAUGAACGAGGAAAUAAUAGUCGAGAAAACUAUAAUCGUGGCAAUGAUAACCAAGGGAAUGAUAAUCAAAGAAAUCAUCAUCGCGGAAGUAGUCGCGGUGGCAAAGAAAAGAACUCGGAAGAAGACGAUGGAGACCCCUCAACGGAUAAUGAUCCGAACGAUCUAAAUUAUUCAAUCGCAUCUUUAACAGCAGAUGGUGAAAGAGGGGGAACGUCCCUUCAAACCUAUCAAGGACUUUUUCGUCCUGACGAUGAUAAUGACGAGGUCCAAGACUUGUCUAUGAGUCAAGUCGAUGAACCUGAAACAUAUGAAAAGGCUGCCUUCUCGUGUGGCAAAUUAGCCCUGGAGAAAUCCAGGGGUAAUAAAACACGAAAAGGCCUUAAUGCCUGUAUCGCGAUGUUAAAGAACAAACUUGAAGACCCCAAUAUAAAUGUUGACUCUAUUGAUAAUGACGAACCAGUUGCCGGACCAUCCGGUUAUUCUGUAACCAACCGGCUAACUCAUUUACCGGACAUAGACACACGUACGCAACCAGUUGCUCAAAUAGCAACUAGACGUGAUCUUCCAAAUGUGCAUCCAUUAAUUCUGCCACUUGCUCAAAAUCAUCAUACAGCAGAAUUUUUGUCAAAUAGUUUACAUGCACAACCAAUAUCUCAUCUACCUACACGUACGUCGACUCAACCAACACUACAUUCAGCUGAAUAUCUAGCUCUAAAUUCAGCUGAAGCUAUUGCAGCAACCCACGCUGCACUUGCCACCACACAUACGGCCUCACAUGCAGCGGUAUCACAUUCUGCCGCGCAUUUAGUAGCUCCUCCAACUGCGCUUGCUAUGCCUCAUCCUGUGGUUCAUCCAUCGGCUUAUCCUGCAGUGCAACUAGCUACUCAUGCAGCAGUGCAUCACGCAAACCAGCUGGGUGUGCCGUUUAGAAAUGAUAACUUUAUCGAUCCAAACCCUCGAUUCUUUUUGCAACCCACAUUUGACCGCAAAAUAGACCCGAAUCCGGCGGAAGUGUUCUCUCGGUCUGUGAUACCACUAGACAGAGUGGAUUUCCAUUACCAAAGUAAUCUACCGCAGCACAUAUCUAUUGAACAAGUAGCACAUGGUUUAGCUUUGUGUAAGGAAACGCUUGCGGCUUCAGCCAAAGAUAGCAAAGGUGGUUGCAGAGGAAGACAAAAGAAAUCUUCAGUUGGCAGCGGACAACCUAAGAAAACACCUGUAAAAAGAAAAUCAACACGUUUGAGAUCAAAUGCGCCACCUAAUAUGCAACAGAAUUUGUUUGGUUUGCCCUCGCAGAUUGAAGUCAUCCCUCAAACCUCUAUUGGAGUACCGCUCCAAAAUCCUCCUCAUUUAACACUGCAAUAUUCUGAUGAGUAUUCGAAUAAAAGCCUAGAAAGUGAUAAGCAAAAGAAACGGAAGCAAAGUAACAACCAAAAUGAACCACAUCUAACAAAACCAACAAAUUUCUUUAAAGAUUCAAAAUCUCCUCAUAGAGCUGAAUAUCAUCAUACGUAUGACAUGUCUGGCGGUCGCCUUAUUGAGAACAAGUCUUACCAACACCCCGUAGUUAGUGAACAAAAUUCAAUAACUGAACAACGUACAUUAUCGGAGCAUAGAUCAGCGGCUGACCUGAGAUUACAUGAAGAACAGAGGACAGAACAGAGAUCAUUUCAAGAUCAGAGAUCUUUAUCUGAUUAUAGAUCGCACAAUGAACAUAGAUCACAGCCAACAGAUCGUAUAUCGUUACCAGAUCCAAUUACAUUAGCAGAACAGAUAUCGUUGUUUGAACAAAGACCUUUCCGGGAUCCAAGAUCAUAUGUGGAACAGACAUUACCCGAACGGAGGACCUUUUCAGGAAAUUUUACUGAACAUAGACCGUACUCAGAUUUGAGGUCACAUGUUGACCACAAUAUAUACCAAGAUCAUUCGUCUCAUUCUGAUCCAAGGACAUAUUCUGAACAAUUAGCAUUCUCGGAACAAAUGUCACAAUAUAACAAUCUGAGAUCACUACCCGAUCCGAGACAGCAUGUAGACCCUAGGCCGCUUUCAGAACAGAUAACGUAUGCGGACCAAAGAUAUCCAGAUCAAAGGUUAUAUCCUGGGCAGAGAACGUAUCCUGACCCAAUUUUAUGUCCAGAUCUUAGGACCUUUUCAGAACAUAGGCCUCCACCUGAUCAAAGACUUUACUCGGAACAAUUGACGUACGCGGAUCGCAGAUUGUUAACAGAACAAAAUAUAGACCAGCAUCCAACAAAUGAACAAAUGUUGCCUCCAGAGCAAAGACCAUGUAAGAGAAGGUCUUCAAAAGAAAAGAAAAAUGUUUCUGAUAGGAGAAUAUCAAGUGAACUUUGGCCUGCUUAUGAACUCAGGUCGUCAAAUGACAAUUUAUCAAUGCAAGACCAUAUCACAAGUGAUUUAAGGUUAUUAAAUGACCAAUCUUUGUCUAGAGCACAGGCAACAACGAUAGAUCGCCGUAUAUCUGCAGAACAUCUACUCUCUGUUGAACGCCGUGUCUCCGAUGAACGACUUUCUACAGAACGUAGGCUUUCCACUGAGCGAAGAGUUUCAUUUGACCGUGGACCUUCUUGUGAAAGGAGACCUUCGUUUGACAGAGGAUCACCUCCGGAACAAAGGCUCUUAUUUGAACGUAGACCUUCUUUUGAGCGAAGAUCUUCAUUUGAGCGCAGACCUUCAUUUGAACGCGGCCCGUCAUUUGAACGCGGCCCGUCAUUUGAACGCGGACCGUCAUUUGAGCGCGGCCCAUCAUUUGAACGCGGCCCGUCAUUUGAGCGCGGCUCUUCAUUUGAACGCGGGCCGUCAUAUGAGCGCGGCCCUUCAUUUGAACGCGGGCCGUCAUUUGAGCGCGGCCCGUCAUUUGAGCGCGGGCCCUCCUUUGAACGUGGCCCUUCCUUUGAACGUGGGUCUUCGUUUGAACGAAUGCCGCCUCGUGAACAAAGACCAUCUUUUGAACAAACGCCUUCCCAUGAGCAACACCAUUCAACUGAAUGUAGAAUUUCUAACGACCGGAGGCUAUCUAAUGAAAAGUACACAAAUGAAACUGUUUUCUCGACAGAAUUGACUAGGUCGAGUGGCCAUAGAAGCACUAGUAGUGAAAUAUUUACUAAAGAAAAUGCAUCUUCAAGCGAACAAAGUCAUGAUCAAUGGUCAUCUAGGAAUCGUGAUAUAAUAUCGGAACAAAUUGUAGAAAAUGAACAUACGAAUCACUUAGUAGAGCGAUCGAUCCACGAUCAAAGAUUAAACGAAAGAAGAGUUUCUGAACAUAGAUCAUCAAUGGAACAAAAACUAAUCACAGAACAGGAACUAAUGGUUCGAAAUACCUCGUUACGUGAGUACAGCGAAACCAGUUCACGUCCUGAAGCCUAUCAAGAAGCGCACUAUUCCAACAAUGAUAUACAUUCUGAUAGUGAUGGAUCUCAAAAGGAUCCAGAAGAAACAAACAUUCCGCCUGCCCAGCCUUUGGAUCUAUCUGGAAAAGCAGUACCAACAGAAAGAUCUUCAGAUUUGGCAAAUAAGUAUAAAAACGACGGCUCUUUAGAUUUAUCAAAAAAGAAAUCAGAUGUCCCUAUUGAUGUUGUAGACUUGCGCUUUAAUGUUUCUGACCAAUCAGAACCCGAAAAGCCUGCAGAAGAUGCUGCUACUGAUUUGAGUGUUCCCAAGGAUUUAUCGCUUAAAGGAAUGUCCAAGCAAAUAUCAAAUGACAAAAAGAAAAAAAUAGUUUAUGGCAUUCAAAGUUUGUCAGACAGGGAUACUAUAGCCGGGAAAUCUACAGAUACUGUAAAAGCCAUUGAAGCUACUACAGAUUUACCUACAGACUUGUCAACUAAAAAUUCUUCUGAAAUUCUCGAAGUGCCAGAAAUUAAAAAUUCUUCUCAUUCGGUAGAUUCAACAGCUGAAGAUGAAAGUAUUGUUGAUGUAAUAAGCACUGAAGACUCUAAAUCUCCGUACAACAGCUCAAUUGAUAUAAAAACGAAUUUAACGCUUGCCGCAGAGAAGAGUUAUAACGAACAAUAUACAAUGACUACUAUUGAAAAUGGGAUUUCGCAAACAGCUAAUCAAAUGGAUAUGAGUGACGCUAGAUAUAUUAUAGUUUCAACUCAUUCGGAAUCUCAACCUAUUUGCUCUUUGAGUAGUACACACCUUGGUAGAGAAGUAAUACCAUCGACUCAUGUGGGCUCCACGGUCAAUGCUGUCAAUGAUUCUGUUACAACAUUAUCCGUUUAUACAGUUCCGAAUCCAGUUAUGACAACAUCGGUGAAAAACCAUGACAGUCCAAUUACGAUGAAUGAUACUCUAAAUGCUGUUAAUUUUACUGUAGCAAAUACCAUACCACCGCACUCUUCAGCUAAUUCUAAUAGUGAAUUUCCAUUGCAUUAUGGGGCUAUGACAAUUGAUAGUCCAAUAACAGGAUCAGUAGCUACAAGUAGCUUCUCACAAUCAUCGGCUCCAACAGAAACCACAUUCGAAUCUAGCAUUGACAAAAAUAAUAGCAUUGAUAAAAAUAGUAGCAUUGAUUCAAAUCAGAAAUUUGAUAUUAAUAAAGUGGUUACCGAAUCUGAAGACCCCGAAAUGGCUAAGAAAAUAGCAAUGUUGCCUAAAGAAUUAGUAGAAAUUUUAGGAACUAUGCCUGCUAUUAACAGGAACCAGCUCUUAAACGUACUUCCACAAUAUGUUUCUCCUUCGACGGCAACAACAAGACAUAAUUGCGGAAAUAUUGCUUCAAAUGUUGCGCAAAUAAAUGUUCAACAAUCUUCAUCUAACCCAGGACCUGAUGAAAUGGCUAAUGAUGUGAAUACCUUUAUUCCAAACUACCAUUUGCCGACAAACAUGCAUCAUUGUGCCUCUCAAUUCAUGAGAGCGCUUAACAUUGAAAAAAGUAAUUCAAUGACUUAUCUACAACCACCUCCACCACCGCCACCACCACCGCCGCCGCCGCCGCCACCACCGCCGCCCAUACCGCAGCCACCACCUCCGCCACCGGCGGCACAACCGCCGUUUCAAAUACUGUCUCCCCCACUACCUCCACUGCCACCGCCGUCAAUUGAAAUCAAAUCGCCGUCUUCACCGCCGCCUAUGAAUAUUGGAUUGCAAUCGGUACAAGUGGCGUCAAUAGCACUCGUACAGGAAAGAUUUAUUCCACCUUUACCACCGAAUCCACCACCGCCGUUGUUCCCGCCUUUACCAGCAGUCGUUAAGACGGAUGUUGAUGAUCCAGAAGAAGAUAUGAAACCUCCUGUUGGGACGUUAAACGUUAAAGAAGAGGAAAAUGUUGACGAUAACAGUGAUAAAGCUCUGUCAUUUAGAUCGGUAGUUCAAACAGAAAACGUUUCUGUCGAAAAUGCGGAGAACAGAAAUAAAAUAGGAGAUUUGAACGAAGACAGAAACUCACCCUUAAAUGAAGAGAGGCGGAAAUUGACAGCAAACUUACCUAAACCAGCGAUAAUAACAACACAAGAAAUAACAAACUAUGUUAAAGUAGUGACAACAUCAAAACCUAAAACCGUCAGUGAUAAAACAGCUAGCUUAAGAGCUGUACGUAUUAAAACGCCAUCAGAAAGAAAACAAUCUUCUAGCAGCGGAAGUCAAGCUUCUUUACUGGCUAAAUCAACAAAUAUACAAGAAAUAGGUACAAUUAGAGAACCACCCCAAGAAAUUGCUACAGUUAGAGACUCACCCCAAGAAAUCGAAAAGCAACCAGUGGCAAAUAAAUCUAUUAAAUCAACAUUAGUUAAUGUUGCUCAAGUUGAAGAUGAGAGACAUAAUAUACUUUUGGAAAGUAAUGCAUCGCCAACUAUUCAACACGGCGAACAAUGUAGCACUCGACAGAAGAAGGCAUGUAGAUCAGCUGCCCCCAAACACUUCUCAGUCGAGUUACCUGUCGAAACAAAACCGUUGCCCGAAAAUUCUACUAAUAAUGAAUUAGGAAAACGACAAACUGUAAAAGAAAUACCAAAAAUAGAUAAUGAUUCAAAUAAUGCCCAUACCACUAUGAGUACAAGAAAGAACGUGUCUUCAAUUUCACAACAAGAUGACAAUGUUCGCCCACAAUCUUACUCUUCAGAAAGAACAUUUAACCUACAAUUACCGGAUGAAGCUCAGUUACCAUCAAAUAACAGUCUAGAUGAAACCAGUCCUGCUGAAGAUGAGCACACAUCGGUUGAUAAACCAGUAACUGAUGUUGGUCAUAGUGCAACAAUUGUUAAAACCACCAUUGUUGAUGAUGAAGAUUCAGACGAUGAUGUUUCUCUUGCAGUAAUUGUUAAAAAUCGCGAUCAAAUGAAACAUGUAUUACAAAAAUUAGAAAAAGAACGUUCAAUCACAAAUGAAAAUAAGGAUGUGCAUAAAUUAAAAGGCAGCACAAAUGAUCUUCGCUACACAACAAACAGCUCAAGCAGAGAUGCAACUGCUAAAAAGCAUCAAAAAUCACUCAGUGCGGACAGUGUGAAGGAAAUCCUGAACAGUAAUGUGCCUAAUUUGGCUGAACGCUUAACAACUGAAAUAGACCAACAGCGUACAGAAGUGGGUGUUCCACCUAAUUUCGGAAAUGUGCAGCUUACAGAACAAAGUCACAACAGUUUUGAAAAUACAGAACGUGAAGCAAAGGACACUCGACUUUUAGAAAAUUCUCCAAUUAUUCGUGGUAAAUCUGUGAAUGAAGCGAAUACCGACACUCAUUUAAAAAUAAAUGAGGGUGUAAAUAAAAGUGCUAUACACGAAAGUAAAGCACUUAAACACUUGGAAACUAAUGAUAUCUUCAAAUCAAGUUCACACGACACUCGUGUUGGAAAAAGCAAACAAAAGAAAAAACACAAACGUAAAUCGUCGACCAUCUCGGCAAAAGACGACAUAAAUAACCAGACUGCUAUUAUAAAAGAUGACAACUCUUCGAACAUGUUAAAUAAUAAUGCAGAUGUCACAGAUUUGGAUAAAGUUCAUGGUCCUCAAGAUUCAAACAAAAAGGUUUUAAAUAGCAACAAUGAGACUAUUGAGAAUUUGACAUCUAACCUUGAAAAAAUAUGUGACAACAAUAAAGAAGACACUUAUGUUAAAACUAAUAAGGAAGUUGAAAAAGAUGAAGUCAAUGAUCUGCAAUCGCAAUCUGAAUUAGAUGAAAAUAAUUUAAAAGCUCUAAGACGCAGCAAACGUGGAAAAUCUGUAGUUGCUGAAGACAUGGUAAUUAGAUCGGAGAAUUCGGAUGAAACAGAAUCUGUUAUGGAACAAAAGACACCACUUACAAAGAAACAACUUAUUUUUUCUAAAUUGUUACUAGAUGAAGAAAUUCAUACCGAGCCAAAAGCACACUCUACGCCGGAAAAAGAUGCAAAUAAUACUACGGAAGAUAACAAUAUACAAACAAAUAAUAUUUCAUUAAUUUUGGAAACAAACACCCCUACAGGUGACAAUUUAGAUAACACUAAAACAAGUGGUUCAGAAAAAUGCAAAGAAACAAAAAGUAAGAAAACAAAGAAGUUAAAAAAGCUUUGUAAGAAAAAUCGAUCGCUUAAAAUUUCUGGAAAACGUAAGAAAAGGCAUUCCCAAAAGCUCAAGAAAAUGUCUAAGCUAAGAAUACGCCCGGAAAGUCCUAUCCACUACGAAUAUCCGCGAAACACGCAUCUUACAGCAGAAGAACAGUUUGCUGAAACUGAAAAUCAAAUUUUACUUAUUCAACAAGCUCGCGAUGAAUAUGAAAAAGCUAAUGCUUGCGCUGUUUUCUCGGGACCCACCACAAGCAAGGACUCAUUAAAUACGUCUGGAGAGAAAAGAAAAUUAGAUGGGAAGGCUAGUGAAGAUUUUAAACAAAAUUCAAAAACGAAAAAACUUAAAUUUGUUGAAAGUAAUGCACAAGAUAAUGCAAAUAAUAUAUCAAUACAGUCAAGAAAACGUACUACAUGCUACAUGCAAGCUGCUGCAAGAAGGACUCGAUCUAAAUCUGUCGUUGUGAAAUCUUCUACUGAAUUUUACGACCCCUACGAUAUUGACCUAGAUGAUAUGAUUGAAAACCCGGAAUUGUUUAAAAGUGAAACAAGUGAAAAAGAUAGUUCAGAAAAUCAGAAAAAUAAUAAAAGAUAUAAAGGGAAACAAUUAGUAUCUAGUAAAAGUCAAAACUGUUUUAAAAGAUCUAAACCUCAAAAUGAUAAUAGUGAGAAUAAAACAACUUCCGCACCUAAAGAUGAAGCAGUUGAUUCGGACGACUCAUCAAAAAGCGAUAUUCCACUAAAUAAAUAUAUAGAAGAAAAAGAAAAGAAAGCACAACAGUCUGGCAACAUGUGCUCCAGACGAAAUUCCAAUUUAGGAAAAAGUGGAAAACGGAGUGCAACGUGCACUAGACUCGAUGAUGAUCGCAAGAGGUGUAGGCGAACUUAUUCUUCUUCCCAUGAUUUAGAAAAAUCAGGUACAUCAAAUGACGUCGACGAACUUCGAUCGGAACAGUUCAUGGAAAGUUUUGGUUUCUUUUCACAAAGAAAACCACGCAAAUCUAAUUUAUUGGCGUCUAAGAAAAUAUCCGAAACAUUUCAUAUCAUUGGUAAUGAAAGUGAUGAUUCAUGUCUUAGUCCUAAGAAAAGACCUAGCAGACGAAAUAAUCAAAAUGAAAAUAAAAGAUUUAGAGAUACCAGGGCAAAGAAACCUGUUACAAUCAGAAGAACGAUAAAGAAAGUACCGAAAGUGAGAAGAUCUUUAUUCUUACCGCCCAUACCAUGCUUCUGUCGUCUAUGUAAAAAAGAAUUCAGGCGAUCGGAUAACUUCUUGCGACAUCAAAUGAAUGUCCUUCAUGUGGCUAAGUUGGCUGAAAUUGAAUUGAACAUGAAAACUAAUGCUAUAUAUGAAAAGCCAAAUUAUCUUAUUGCAUAUAAACGUCAAUUAGAUCGACUGAAGUUAAGGACAAAAAAAUAUGCUAAUAGGAAAAAUCAUCCAAAAUUAAUAAUGCCUACAUUAGACAAGAUUUUAGUAAAAGUAAAUAAGAUAAUCAAAGAACAAAAAUUAGCUCAAAGAGGACUUAGUAUGGACGAAGCACUUUUUAUUGAUUGUUGUCAAUUACUUCAGGCCAAUAAAUCUGAAAUCAAACCUACGGCGCCACCACCAAUUUCAGAACCAGUGGCCAAUAAUUUGUCUGAACCUAUUGUCAAAGGAUUUGAUCUCUUAGAAAAACCGCUUAAAGGUGACGGUGAUGUGGAUUCAAUUACAGCUAAAAACAUAUUAGACAGCGACGAAGUGAAAAACUUGGAGAAGGACUUAAUUUCUGGUCUUAAGGAAGCUGCAAAUGCUAAUUCUAAGAAAUCAAAAGUUAUGUUACAACGAAGUGUUAGUGAUGUGGGAUUAGAUCAAAGUGAUAAUGGCCAGAUAAGUUAUUGUAGCGCUGAAAUCGCUGGACCUAGCAGUGCGCAACUUAUUCUAAAUAAUGCUAUGACCUGUCCUGAAUCCAACCCUAAUAAUGAAACUAAACAUGAUAAUGAAAGUUCUACUCUCAUGGUUAAUGUUCAAGAUCUAGAAGUUCAGCCUAAUAUUGAAAAUCUUCAUACCAAUCAGAAUGAUGAAAAGUUCAGCUCUGAAUUCAAUUUUAAUGAUAACAAAACUUGUCUUGAUUCUAAUCGUAUUGAUGCUAAAAUUGAAAAAUCUGAACUUCAGGAUGAAAAACGUAAUCCCGAAGCAAAACCCAAUGUUGAAGAGAUUUAUUCAGCACCUGUUCCAAAUGAUGAAACAUCUUGUCCGGAAGUUAAUAAGGAAAAAAUUCCUGAAGCUAAAAUUAAUGAAGAGCAACUUAGGCCUGAAGCUAAUACGAAUCUUGAAAAUUCUUGUCCAGAACCUAAAGUUAAUACUGAAAAAUCUUGUUCAGAACCCGUUCCCACUAAAACGAAAAAGCAUCCUGAAGUUAAAGACAAAAUGUACCCCGACAUCAUUGAUCCUAUUGACAUGUUUGAAGACAAGUUUGACAAGAUAAAAAGAAAAUGUAGAUCUCAGGCGGCGGCAGCAAAGCAAACACAAGCUGCUGCUAUUGAAACCAACAACAGUUUCAAGUCCCGCAAGAAGUCUGAAAAGAAGAAAACGCGCAGAAAUUCUAAAAAAGGUCACCAGAGCUCUCAAGUUCUAACUAAAGGUGCUCUAAAAGGUUUCGACGGAAUUAAAGUUUCAAUACCAACUUCAGAAAUCAAUAUCUCUGGAAUUGUUCCCACUCUUACGCCAUCACCAAAGAAGAAAAAGAAAGGUAGCUCAAAGAACAGAAAAGAAAAGACGUCAGAUGCGAAAAUGGAAAGAUACGGAGAUGGUUCUACUUUACAGAAGGAAGUUGACGUUUAUGAAUUUUUGGAUAAUGAAGAUGCAGUUUUUGAGUUCAGACCUUCAACUUUAAUGGAAAGAUUUAAAAAUAUAAGCUACAAUAACGAUGGUCCUAGUACGUCCAAAUUGAACUCAGGAGUAGAUGCCGAUAAUUCUGGUGAUAGCGCCUCAGAUGGAGACGAUUUCGUAUACAUGUCUGAUGAUUACGUGUGUAGUGACGAUGAAACUGAAAAUAGUUUGAUGUCUUGUGAGAUGAACAGUGGCAAAGUGGGCAGUGAUACAAAGAAAAUUUCAUCUCCGUUAAAAAGAAAAGAUGCCUUAGAGAAAAAUGCAGUCAUGGGAAAGAUAUUCAAACAUAACGCAGUGCGGAGUGACAAAAAGAAAAUUAAGGAGUCUGUAAAACCCAAGGCUAAUUUAGAUCAAUUAUUUGACAGUUUACUUGAGGAUAAACCAAAAACUUCAGACCUGUGUGAUGAAACGCCAACUACCAAAGAUGAAGAUUUUCUAACACCAAAACAGCAUGAUCUAUCUUAUAAAAAUGAUAAACACAACCGAGGUUCUUCAAACAGAGAUGAAUUUUCUUUAACUAGAAAACUAAACAGUCCAUCACCCAAACACCAAACUAUAUUAUCUCCGAAAGAAUAUGACAGCACCCCCCUGAUAGAUUAUGGCCCUUCAACAUCAAAAACAAUUCCGACGGACUUUGGACCUACUACAUCUAAGAAAAGAGAUGUGCCGAAAGACAAUAAAGGUCAUUCACCCAAAAAACAUGAAUCGAAACAUGGAUCUAGUAGAUAUAGCGAAUCUCUAACUUCAAAAACUGAUUUAAUUACUGGAAAGCAACAUGAUACAUUAAAAGAUAGGUCAUUUAAAGAAAAGUCUCCGAUUAACAAAUUAAAUGAACAUAUUAGCCCAAGUUAUGAUUAUAAUGCUGAUAUUUACGAGCAAAUCCAAUAUGAUGACAUGGGAGUGGCUAGACAAAGGGCGCGUCGUAAAUGUACUGUGGGAAAACAAAAUGUGCUGGCUGAAAGUUGGAGUUCAGAAUCCGAGCCAGAUGUUCUACCGCCACGUCCCAACAGCGCCGAGUCGGUUAUUCUGACUUCACGUAAAAAGAAAGGGAAGAAAAAAGAUCAUCAUUCCAAUGCAAAACGUACGAAUAGUCGACAUAUAUCAUUCAAAAAGCGAGAUGUCGAAAACAAGGUAAACAAUAACAACCGUCACGGAAGUUACUCAGGAACUAGUCGAGCAUACAAUGAAAACGACGAUGCAGAUAGGACUACGGUGAAUCCUUACGAUGCGCCGACGCCAUCAACAUCAACAGCGCAUACGCAUCUCGGACCACCGACCGACCGACCAAGACCGCGUCCCCGCACCACGGCCUACUACAACUGGUCCUCGGACGGGGAAGACGAACAGGAACAUCAACAGCAGCAUGGCUGGAUUGUUGGAGAUAGCCAUAAAAAGUUAGUUACAAUGCUCGCACAUGCGAAAGGACGGAAGCGCAACAACGACGAUAAACGUCAUUUCGUUGAGUAA